AUGAACAUUAAAAAGCACUCGAUUAAGCUCCACGGAUACUUGGACGAGCAGCAAUGUGGGGGUGAUAGACGUCUGCAUAAACUACUUGCAAGUAGAGUUGUGGCUGGUUGCAACAAUCAUAACGUGAUAUGUGUGGAAAAUGACGCCAGUUUGAAAACGCCGACUUGA